AUAUAACAGUUUCCCUUGUCUUAGCAUUAACUUAUCACGCUCUCUGUUACACACACGUUCUCUCACUCUCUUUCAGAACAGCAGCAAGAGGUAGUUAUGAGACACACCUUUCUCAGAGAUAAGUACAGCAGCCACACAAAGCCUCCUUACUUAAUCAUUAACGAUCGACACUUUGGUAAGUAAAGGAACCUACAAGGAAAUGGGAGGACUAAUUUUAGCAGGAGCUCAGAAGGUAUCAGACACAGUUACACAAAGAAGCAAGGGACAAGCACGUCUUCAUAUUGGGGAGAUCAAGUCAAGAGACACAAGAUGAACCUGUUCACCCAGCAAACUGUGAUGCUUUGGCUCUGUGUUGCUCGUACACUCACGACGGCAGAGCUGGUGAAGCUAAGCACUGUUGACUCUGUCAUUGUGUGGUGUCACCAGAGUGUCCGCCUCCAAUGUAACAUCUCCACCUCCCAGGAGGGACUGUUGAUCAAACAUCUGGCCUGGGUCCGCCAGGACGGGAAGCACCUGUGUGAUGUUAACGGAACUGAAGUGACCGGGACCCACCCAGGGAGCACAACUAGUGCUAUGGAGUGUAGUUAUACCCCACAGACACAGCUGUCCCUGACUCUGCUGCAGGUACGACCACUGGAUCAGGGAAAGUACUUGUGCAAGCUGCGCUCCAGUCAUGGAGUAAAGGAGGCCACUACAAUGGUGAAGCUGCAAGAGUCCUACAAGGAGGCCCAGCCCAGUAUCAGUGAUGAGGGCCCAACCUGCACCUUCACUGGGGUCUAUCCUGAUGGCGAGGUGCACUGGUUCCAGGGACCCAACAACGUGACUGGGGACUCUACAAUCAACACUAAACAAGUGGAAGAUGGAGCGUCAUUGACUAUAACUAGUUCCCUGAAAAGAAAGACAGUCUCUGGGGAAGAGGCCUACAACUGCUCCCUGUGGAUCCCCAGUACCGGAUCCUACCUGACCAGCAGCUUAGUGGUACCAGAGCAUGAUAAAGCCAGGGUUGCGCAGCCCAAUGCCAGUGGGUCAGGGUCCAUUGGUCCUUUGUGGAAACCUUUUCUAGUCCUCCUGAGUACUCUCUUCCUGGUGUGACGUCUUGAAAACAAACAUGAACAAAUUGACAAGCAAGUGCCAGGAUCAUUUAAUAAGAAUAUGGAAGAGCCAUUGUGUGAGGUUCCUUUCAUGGUCCAAAGGUUUCCUUGGCUGCGUAGAACAAGGAAAUGAUGAACAGAUGAGAGAGGCUGAUCAACCUAUUGUGAACGCACCCUUGUUGGUCUGCCAGUGCCAGAUAUAAAUGAUUGUUAAUUAAAAACUGCAAACGGCAGUAGAAACAGUAACAAAGCUUACUUCCUGCCAGUUUUGGUAAAAAAUUGAGGGAUGGGGCUGGAGAAAUGUAACCACUCUCAAAUUCAUAGACGCGCUUUGGAUGCAUGGACUGACCAUCCAUGAUAUCAAAAUAAUAGUUUUAACAAUGUUUUGAGGCUAUAUAGUGUUUUAUUAAAUUGGAGUUGAACAAGCUUCUGAUGGGGUAAGAGAGUUGCACUAAGCUCAUGAGGCAUUUAUAAGUUACAUUCUUCAAGAAUUAAUGUGUACAUAUUAAAAAAAUGAUGUGACAACUACUGAUUGCCCCUUUAAGGGCGUGACCUUUUGUAGAAAAGCCUUCCUGUUUGCGUUAAUCAGAGAGAUCCCCUUGGACAGGAGCGGUGGUUUAACUGGGUUGAUUUUUUUUGUUGUUGAUUUUUUAAGUACAAUGGUAAAUGUAGUGUUUGCUGGCGCCCAUAGUCCACCUAGACACAUCCUCCGUGAGUGUUGUAACACCAACGUUUAACUGAAUGAGAAUUGUGAGAAAUGUAUUGUUAGUAAUGUUUGUUUGUGAGGUGAUAUUCCUGCUUAGGAUGGAUGUAAAUAAAUGGCUGCAUCCUGA